GGGGCGGGCGCGGCGAGCACCGGCUCGGGGGCCGGGCGGCGGCGGGGCGGGGCGUCGGGCAGGCGGGGCCGCCCGCCUCCCUCCCCGGGCCCGGGGCCGCGAAGAUGGCGGCGGCGGCGGCGGCGGCGUCCCGCAGCGGCUCCCGGGGCCCGGCCGCGGCGUCGGGGCGCGAGUAGCCCCCGGCCCAGCGCCGACCCCGGGGCCCCGUGCGCCCCCCGGCGGGCCCAUGAACUCGGUGUCGCCCGCCGCCGCGCAGUACCGGAGCGGGAGCCCCGAGGACGCGCGCCGACCCGAGGCCCGCAGGCCGCGGGGGCCCCGGGGCCCCGACCCCAACGGCCUCGGGCCCUCGGGAGCCAGCGGCUCGGCUCCGGACUCGGGGGGCGCCGCUCGGGAAGAGCCGGACGAAGUGGACAAGUUGAAGGCCAAGUUCCUGACGGCCUGGAACAACGUUAAAUACGGUUGGGCUGUCAAAAGCCGAACCAGCUUCAGCAAGAUCUCCAGCGUGCACCUCUGCGGCCGCCGCUACCGCUUUGAGGGUGAAGGUGACAUCCAGCGCUUCCAGCGGGACUUUGUGUCCCGCCUGUGGCUCACGUACCGCAGGGACUUCCCGCCGCUGGCCGGGGGCUGCCUGACGUCGGACUGCGGGUGGGGGUGCAUGCUGCGCAGCGGGCAGAUGAUGCUGGCACAGGGCCUGCUGCUGCACCUCUUGCCCAGAGACUGGAUUUGGCCCGAGGGCGCAGGCCUGGUCCCCCCUGAGCCAUCAGCACUGGCCUCUCCACUCCGGUACCGCACCCGCUGGGUGCCCCCACGCUGGCCCCAGGGUGCCCCCGAGCUGGAGCAGGAGCGCCGACACCGGCAGAUCGUGUCAUGGUUCGCCGACCACCCCCAAGCCCCCUUCGGCCUCCAUCGGCUGGUGGACUUGGGUCAGAGCUCAGGCAAGAAGGCGGGAGACUGGUAUGGGCCGUCGCUGGUGGCGCACAUACUCAGGAAAGCUGUGGAGAGCAGCCCCGAGGUGGCCCGCUUGGCAGUGUACGUUUCUCAGGACUGCACAGUAUACAAGGCAGAUGUGGCACGCCUGGCGGCCAGGCCGGACCCUGCGGCCGAGUGGAAGGCGGUGGUCAUCCUGGUGCCCGUGCGGCUGGGUGGGGAGACCCUCAACCCGGUGUACGUGCCCUGCGUGAAGGAGCUGCUGCGCUCGGAGCUGUGCCUGGGCAUCAUGGGGGGCAAACCACGUCACUCACUCUACUUCAUCGGCUACCAGGAUGACUUCCUGCUCUACCUGGACCCCCACUACUGCCAGCCUGCUGUAGACUUCAGCCAGGCUGAUUUCCCCCUGGAGUCCUACCACUGCACCGCACCCCGCAAGAUGGCCUUCUCCAAGAUGGACCCCAGCUGCACUGUGGGGUUCUACGCUGGAGACCGGAAGGAGUUUGAGAAGCUCUGCUCUGAGCUGACCAGGGUCCUCAGCUGCUCCUCGGCCUCCGAGCGCUACCCCAUGUUCACGCUGGCCGAGGGCCACGCUCAGGACCACAUCCUGGAUGACCUCGGCUCUCAGUGUACACCACGGCCACCAAGGCCAGGCCGGCCCAAGGCCAAGCGCCCCAGCUCUGAGGACUUUGUGUUUUUAUGAAGGGAGGGGAGGGAGAGAUGCAACAAACACUAUUUAUUUUUCUAUUUAUGUCCUGCUGCUGGGGGAGCAGGCGGAGGGGGAAGGGGGUUCCUGGACCUCCGGGGGGGAUGGAGCACCUCACCCCUCAACUCUAAACUUGCACAGCUUAAACCUCCGGGCAGGGGCUCUCCACUGGGAGCAGAGCAGCCCUGGCCACCCACUCAGGGUCAGACUCAAGUACUGUACUUGGCACUGGACCCCCACACCCCCCACUGGCCCCCAAGUCUCUUCCACACGCCCCCACUGGCCCUCAAAUCUUU